GACUAGGGUGUUAAAGUAUAGGAAAAUAUUUUUCGUCAAUAUUACAGAUGUAUGUGUAGUGUUUCAUUUUUUCCAUUGGAUCUCAUAUGCAGAGUCGACAUGUAAUUUAGUGAGAUCCGAGCAAUUACACUGAUCGGAGAUUCGGCAAGGCUUGGCGGAGGACAAGGACCGAACUUUUUACCAGGGACUGUGUGAGAGAUUCGGGUUCUCAAACUGGGAAUAAUUAUAAGCACGCCCCAAAGAUCCGACAUUCCUUGUGCCGUCGCCCUGCCCCCCUGGGAGUCGGAGCUGAUUCGCGUUGUACGCAGGGUCAGUAACUGCGGGAGCUUAGGCGAUUCAGCUCCUCGCUCGGUUUUCUGCUGGCAACGUCUCAACCUCCUUCCAUGCCUCACAGUUACCUCCAUUAACGUCUUAGAGAGAGGAGGAGGAGGAGGAGGAGGAGGAGGAGAAGGGGAGGAAUCUGUUUACUGGCUCGCCUAGCUGUCUUCCGCGCUUCCAGUAAUACGUAAUCCCUAAUUUUCUUCAGGUUCUGAAGGCUUGUUGGGUUCGAUGGAUGAGGUGGAAGAGGCCGUUGGAAAGGUUAAGAAGAAGUGGGAUGAAGCAUAUGCUCAAACCCAAGAGCAUAUAAGAACAAUUGAAGAAUAUGGUAGAUCUAAAAGAGCUUCAGAGGAGAAGAAUUCUCAACAGAGAUUGAAUGCGCUUGCGCAAGAUGGCUUGGCUGUCCUCUCAUCUUUGCAGUUUCAGCUUGAUCUUCUUGCUCCACAGCUUCCCUCUAAUGGGCAAGUUCAAUCUGCGCAGUCGAUGCUGGAGUCCUGGAAGCAACAAUCUCAGAGUUUGCGUUUGAAUCUAAGGAGUGCUAAUUUACAAGCAAAGGCGAACAUCAGGAAAUCUGCUCAAGAAGAGAGGGAACUUCUUCUAGGAGGCGGAGAGGAGUCUACAAUUCGUAGGCGCAAUUUACAGACAAAGGUUGGAAUGACUUCUGCUGCUGAAAACAUUACUGAGAGCCUUCGUCGAACUCGUCAGCUGAUGGUUCAGGAGGUGGAAAGAAGCGCAAGUACACUCAUGACUUUUGAGGAAUCAACAGGAGUGCUAAGGAAGGCUGAAAGUGAAUACAAGGGGCACCGCUCAUUGCUGAUGCGGACCCGAAAUUUACUAUCCACAAUGCAACGUGAAGAUAUCCUUGACAGGGUAAUACUUGCUGUUGGAUUUUUCUUGUUCUCUUGUGCUGUUCUGUAUGUUGUUUCAAAGCGCCUUGGGCUACUCACAUUACAGCGAAAGGUUACUGCCACCAUUAAGGCUGGUUUAGUUGGACAAGCGGAGAUUGAACCCAGAGCUGCCCAAGAUGGCAAUAAUCUUGCUCAGUUCCAUGAAGAGGCAGUUCCCAAGUGGAUGGACCUGAAUGAAUAUGAGGAAACAAGUAAACAGUUUAUGGUGGCUACCAGUCUGUUGGUUUUUGAAGUCACGCGUGUUCAAAUUAUUUGCAGUUGGGUUUAUUUGGAAAUAACAAAACCAGGUACUGAUUAAAAGGUCGAAA